GCUUAUUAAUCAUUUCGGUAUUGGUAUGUUGUCGAACUCUUAAAUGGCCGAUAUAUGAAAAGGUAUUGACUGAGUAUAAUAGCAAAACUUGUGCCCCUAGAUGGAUCCAUCACGCUCUCACAGCUACAAUCCAAGACACCAUUGGAUCCUAUCAACCUUGCCCGCCUUCUUCGACAUGCUAUGACGAAUAAAAUCUUUCAGGAACCUAAGCCAGGAGUCAUUAUGCAUACGGCCGCAUCCAAGCUUCUAGUUGAAGAUCAGGCCCUCCAGUCCUGGGUCGGAUUCAAUACCGAAGAUAUUUACCCGGGUUCCGCACAUGUCCUUGACGCCAUAAAGAAGCAUCCGGAAGCCACAAGCCUCACUCGCACCGGGUUCAACUUCGCCUUUAAUACAACCGACCGAGAGCCCGUCUUUGUGACAAUCGGCAAGGAUGCCAAACGCGCCCAGCGCAUGGCACAGGCCAUGAGUAGUUUGACCGGAGGUGAGGGGUAUGAAUUAUCGUACCUGUCAGAAGGAUGCGACCUUAAAGAGGUAGACGCGGUUGGCGGAACUCUCGUCGACAUAGGCGGUAGUCACGGUUUCGUGAGCGUGCACCUGGCUAAUGUGUAUCGUAACAUUGAAUUCGUGGUACAGGACCUCCCUAGUACCAUCGAGAGUGCGCCAAAGCCCGCAUGCGCGGAUUGGCGCGUUGCGAAGCGCAUCAAUUUCCAGGCGCAUGACUUCUUCACGGAGCAGUGCGUACAGGGCGCCGAUGUAUACUUCUUUCGUUGGAUUAUCCAUAAUUACUCGACUCCCUACGCUGUCCAGAUCCUGAAGAAUUUAAUCCCCGCACUGAAGCCGGGGGCUCGCAUCAUCAUUAACGACCACUGCCUGCGAGAGCCGGGCACCGAGAACCCCUGGGACGAACGUCUGAUGAGGAGCAUGGACCUCGUCAUGAUGACGCUACUGAAUGCGCAGGAGCGCAGCGAAGGUGAAUUCAGACAGUUGUUCAAGAUGGCCAGUGAUGGCUUCGUUUUUAAGGGUGUUACACGACCGAAGGGCUGUCGCAUGAGCAUCAUCGAGGCAGUGUGGAAGCCGGACGAAGUGAGAUAAUCACCAAAACGAGUUCGCCCGGUUAUGCUCGCUACCUCAUAAAGAAAAUGAGGAAGCAUGCUACGACGGCAGAGAGAUAUUACUUAUCUUGAGGAAAAUGGACGGCAUGGUUUAUUAGUCUGCGAGCAUUUGAGUCGUUUACCUAGAAAAUCAUUAUAGCGCAAAGAAAACUGCACAGGGCAACGGCGGUAAAGUUGAGAAUGUCGCUGUUGUCGAUGCAUAGCCGGAGGAUAAAAGUUAUGAAUUCUGCUUUUUUUUCUCGCUCUAGUCACCCGAGCUUGAUACCCACCUCCUUUAGCCCAUCUCUGCGACCGAAUGAAUAAUGAAUUAAUGAUGGAAGGGAGAGGAGGAUCUAAUACGGGCAAAGCUGGCUAUGGCACUAUAACCAUAAAAAACGAAGAAUGUAUGAUUACAGGAGGAUCCUAUACAAGUCUGUUAAUACGAUUUGCAUUACGAAAUUGGUGUUUUUCAGAGCAUGCUCUUUGUGGUAGAAUACGUAUUUUUGAGUGCCUUACAGUAGGAUAUCAAUUCGGCCCA